CGGAUACUUAUUUCCGGCCUACACAACAAUAUUACCACAUGUACAAUAAAAUGGAUUCAUACAAGAUUAAUGAAUUGGAUCCAUUACAUGAACAGUAAAUGUUAUUUGAAAUUCAAAGAUCAAUGAAAUGACACAUUCACCACCUGUUGCAGAAAGAAAACUAUUCAGGUAUUGGAUCAUGAACCAAAAGAUUAAAAGAUUAGGAGAAUCAUGAAUACAGACUUUUUGAAAGACAUCAUACCAUAUCGCUGCCCUAAAUGUGGAGACAGUAGAAAAUUUACAUCUCUAAGAGAUUUAAAACUGCAUCUCAACUCCGAACAUGCAUUUAAAGUUGGAUGUGUUAAACCUAGAUCAAGAACUACAAUUUUUGAUAAUAAGGGACAUAACUCCAGGAAAAAAACUGCAAACAGAGAAAAUUUAAGUCGACAAUGGUCAUCAAGCUACGAUAGUCGGAGAUCAAGUUCUGAAAGUUAUGGAAGAGAAUCUCCUCUCUUCCAAAGUUACAAAGAUGAUGCUAGGGUAUUAGAAGGCCAACUUGAAAGUGCUAGAGAGUAUGAACGCAACAACAGGAGGCAAGGUAAUUAUUUGUCGAGAAGCCAUAGUUAUGAUCCUUUAGACAGCACUGUCAAUAAAUUGAACAAGGAUGUUAUGAGCUCACGUAGGAAUAUUUGGAAGUCCUCUGAUGAAUUGUACAAUGCAGAGGAUGUUCUUAAUGGAGUCGAAACUGCUGCUGAGGAAAGGUAUAAAAGUCAGCAAAACAUAAUACAAAAUUUAGUGGAUGAAUUGCAACAGAAAGAUCUCCAACUUACAAAUGCCAACCGCGAUGCAGAAAGACUUCGUCAGGACAGAGAAAAGCUGAUGAACGAAGUGGAGGAGUUGUUCAAAUCAGCUGAUUUUGGAAAUAAAAAAUUACUCCAAGAACUAGAAACCAAAGAACAGGAAUUAAACGCUGUUAACAAUGAGUUAGAUCACAUUAAACAGACAGCUUCUGAUGAGUUGAAACAUAAAGAUCAGAAAUUGAUAGAAGCUGAAAGAAGUUUACAGCAGAUAGAGUAUGAAAGGAAAUCUUUAGAAGAUGAGAGAGAAAAUUUGAUUGAAAAAGUACAAAUGGACAGUGGGUUGUUGAGGAAAACAUUGGAAAUGAAAGAAAACCAAGUACGAAAGCUUAAUACAGAACUUGAAGCUAUGAAGCAGGAACAAAAUGACCUUUUAUCAGAGAGUAUGGAAUUAUACAACACAGCAGAUCAUGGAACAUCUAAACUGAAGGAUAUAUUGAGAUUACGUGAUUGUCAGUUACGAGAGGCAGAACAGGAACUAAAUAAUAUGAAGGAACUUAAUGACCGUCUGGUCUGGGAAUCAAGACAGCUCACAGAUCAGGCAGAUUCUCACAGCCAGGUUCUUCAUGAACUACUAAGACAAAGAGAAGAUGAGCUGUCAUUGGUUAAACAAGAAUUAGAGUCUACAUUACAGUCAGAUAAACCUAAAGCUGCUAAUGAACAGUUGGAGCAGUUACAACAGAUAGUUCUAGAGAAAACAGCUCAUUUGGAACAAAAAGAAAAAGAGCUGCAGUCAUUGAAAUCAUUUUUAACCACAACAGCAGAGAAAGAAGCAAUAGCUAGAGAAAAAUUAGAAAAGUUCAUAAGUGAUUUGAUAGAUAGGGCCGACAAGGCUGAAAAAGAACUUCUCCAUUUGAAAAAUAACAUCUCAGAUUCGAAAGCAAGAAAGGAAGGAAAUAAAGAGAAUGGUAUAGAAUCAACUGUGGAAGAUUUGGAUUCUGAUGAUGAAAUGUCAGAUGAUUUUAUGGAUUCACAUAGAAAAGCUUCACCAAUACAAAGACAAGUUCCAGUAACAAAAAUCAAGAGUGGUUAUCCCAGAAACACAAGAUUUAAACCUUUAGACCGUACAGUACCAUAUAGCCCUUCACUAUCUGACUCUGGUUACCAUGACAACAAAAUGGCUUCCCCUCAAGGGCAAGCAGAUUGCAUAAAUGAUAUAAAUAUGCGCACAAAAUUUAGUAACAAUGGGACCUUCUCAGGAGAUGGAAAAUUUGAUCAGACUCAUCCGAAAAUGUAUGAUUACAAAUAUUGUACACCUCACAAUAUUGACAAGCGUCAUCUGCAAAAUCCUAGAGUUUCUGGAAUUAUUCCUCAGUUGUAUGAAACAAACAGUCACAGAAACUAUCAGACUUUAGACCACAAUGCAUCAAGAAAUAAAUUAACAAGUCCACAUCAAAAUAGGAAUGAAAAUGAUCCAACAUACAUUUCUUCACAUCAAAAUCCGUUAGGACAAUACAGCUGUAAUAGGGAUUUGCAGAAGAAAGAUGCUCCUGAGGAUAUUUUAUAUAGUCCAUACAAAAUAGACACAGAAAAUACAUUUGAGAUGGAUAGCUAUCCAAUAAAAAAUCAACAUCCUGUUCAGCCAUUUAUAUCUGACCAAUCACAACAGAACUCAAGCCAGUCCUUACCAAUUGCUGGGUAUUAUGACUUACCUGCUACAUACUUGCCUUACAGAUCCAUGCCUCAUUCAGGUACCCAGUAUAUACAUGAUGAAGAGCCAGGACAAUCUUUGUCCAGUUCUUCUAGAAUCAACCUACCAGACAGGUAUCAUGAGCAACCAGAAUUAAGGUCUGGUAGGCACAACCUUCCUGACAGACAUUUGGAUCAGUCUCUAUCAAGUUCUGGUAGAGUUAACCUGCCAAAAGUUCAUCCAUUACAGCCAUCAGGAUCUCCUGGACAUUAUAUUAAAGACAACAGUUAUGGACAGUCAGCUUCUAGAAGCUCUAAGCCAUGUCCAUCAACCAGUUAUUCUGACCAGUAUUUAUCUAGUUCAGAUAGACAAGCACUUCCAAGAAGACAGUACAAAUCUGGUUUAUCAUUGUCUAGUUCAGACAGACAAAAAUUACCUGGUCAAGGAGGAGAUAACUCACUAUCAGAUAUUUUGUCUAUUACUGAUGAUACAAUUCAAAGUGAAAAUAAUUCUUCAUUCCAAAAGAUAAUAGAUGAAAAUGGAAUUCUCUGGGAAUCAGAUACACCCAACAAGCAAAAUGUUUCAGGCAUGGAAAGGGUUCCAUUGGGAAAUAACAAAUAUGGUUCCCCAUUACAAACUGGUUACCUGCCUCAAAGUGCUUCUAGAUUAAAAUUAUCAGAUAAGUUCAUUGAAGAGAGAAAACUUUUUUCUGAAAACAUUAAAAAGAUCAUGAAACUACCAUUUUUGAAGGAAUCUGGAAGUCAAGCAGAACUGACAGAUGAUACUUUGAGAUACAGAUUAGAAAAAGAAAGGUCAGAACAUGAUAAUUAUACACAUAAAUCUCCUAGCAAAUUCUCUUAUGAACAAAGUUUGAAUGCUCUGGCUCCCUUCCGAAAUUAUGACAAUAAUGUUGAAUCAGAGCUAGAAACAACAGACGGUUCUACUCAAACUUGGAUGAUUGACAAGGAAUAUAUGGAAUCUGAUUCGCUGUCAUCAAAUAACACAAGCCACAGGAUGGAUGAUAGAAGUUUAAUGGUAUCUUCUUCAGAAAAUUCUAUUUCAAAUCCCAAAAUAAUUCCAAGCAGUAGAAUGGAGAAUCAUUUUGAGAAUAAAAAUGAACAGAAACCUCUCCAAAACAUGAAAGCACAAAAGAACGCAAAAGCUUUGGAACAAAGUCCCUCAGUCGAGAAUACAUUUGAAAAGAAUAGAAAACAAAGAGACUUGUUUGAAGAAUUAAGACAGGAAAGUUUAAAUGAAAGUAGUUUAAGUUCAACAUCAAAUGAUAUGUAUUCAUCGCCAGCAGAAGGAGGGGAUCAUUUACCAUUUAAUUCUAAGUCUGACAAUAAACCUUUGAAAAAGUAUGAAAGUCCUGCUUCAAUAAGUCCAGUUACGUUUGAGAAAUCUCAUUCAAAUGAUUCUGGAAAUAUUAAACAAUUGACGUCAAAAGAUAUUGGUUCUAAAAAUGAUUUGAUAAAUCUUUCCCCUGAUGAGCCUCAUCACUCAGAUGACUUAAUUUGCGAAAUGAAAAAGGAAUGUGGGCAUAGUGAUAAUUUACUGCUAGAGACACAAGCUGCAACAAUUGUCAACCCAGUACAUAAUACAGACAGUCAUUACCUACAUGACUCUGAUAAUCAAGGGAGAGAACUUAAUAAUUCAGUUGGUAAUUUCCUACACGACUCUGAUAAUCAAGGGAGAGAACUCAGUAAUACAGUUGAAUCACUGACAUUGUCACCUCAAGUUUUAGGUGAUUUUGAAAAUGUAGAAUCUCACACAGAGGAAGAAGUUGAUUCUGUGAUUUAUGACAAGAGCACAGACAGUGUGUGUAGUAAUAAAAUAUUUGGUAGAAAUGAAAGUUUGUCAGUUUUCAGUGAUACUGAUGGUGAUGCUGUCAACGAAGAAGAGGUUCUGCCUCCCAAUGAGGAGGUAAUGACGGUUGGUGAUAGGAGGAAAAGCUUAAGUAGACAGUUAUCCAUAGACGUUGGGAGAACUACUGGACAAAAUAUCCUGGAACAGGUAGAUGAAACUGAUGUAGGAAAUAUUAUGAUGGUAGAAGAAACACUGAUCCCUGAAUCAAUAAAUAAAACAUUUUUUGCACAGCCCGACACAGAAGUAGAAGAUGAAUACCCACAGUCAGUCUCCAGUAUGGACGGAUUUACCCUGUCAAGGUCAUCAUCACAAGAUUCUGUUUUGUCGGAGAGACUAUCUCAGUAUUCUCAAAGGGAGAUAACUAGAAAGAGACGCCAUGCUCUGUGUCGUAUAUUCAGCUUCCUAGACACGACAAGUUUAAUACAAGUAGCUUUAGUAUGCAGGGAAUGGAAGAAAAUCAGCAGACAUCCAUCGCUAUGGAAACAUGUUUAUUUGAAGAACCAGAAGUGUUCUUUAGAGUUUUUACUAAACAUUGCUAAAUGGUGUACUAGUAUGGAAACCCUGCAUUUGGAAGGUCUAAAGACACGAGAAAAGAAAGAGUUUGAGACGGAAGAAGACUACCAUAAUAGGACAAGAAACUAUGUGUAUCUUUACAGGGCUGUUUUAGAACCAGGACUUGAGAAGUUGUUACAAGUUUCUGAGUCAACACUGAAAACAGCCACAAUUAUACACUGUGAGAAUAUCAUCACAGACAAAGGUCUGUGGUUGGUCAGUUGUUACAGUCGUGUUGUCAGGAAGGUUACAUAUAUCUGUAACACAGAUUUACCAGGAGCUGAUGUUAUCUGGGCAUUAGGAGCUGGUUGUCGGGACAUCUCAUAUCUAAAUAUAACUCUUACUGAUCCUAGUUCAGCUGUAGGUGUUAAGUUUAACAACAAAUGUUUACAAGUGAUUUCACAGUUCUGUCAAGAUUUACAGACUCUCUGUGUUUGUGGCACAGAAAUUGAUAUGAAUGGACUUGUGUUGAUAGCUAAGAGUUGUCAAAGGUUGAGUAAGUUAGAGAUACACUAUGGUAUAACAGUUACAGAGGAUACAAUGGUUGCUGUUUCUAGACUAGGAUUACAUAAUCUACAGCAAAUCUACUUCAACUUUACUCCAGUAGAAGCAAAGGCAAUCCUACAAUUGUAUAAAUCUUCUAAACACUUACAGAAGAUACAGAUCUCCCUAGAUAUCUCUUGUUUUGAUUUGAAAGGAGAAUACAAAGAAGAGGAUAAGAUGAAGAAGUAUGCAGAUAUGGUGAAAAACCUCAAGGAGCUUCAGAAGAAACCUGGAGUUGGGAACAUCUUAAAGCUAAGUUGUGGAGAAGUAUUCAUCAAUACAGAAAAGAAAUUCUUUGGGUUGUUUUAAAAUCCAAUAACCCUUUUAACUGUUCUGAAGACAGUAUUGUAAUGAAGAUGCCUUCUGGGAAAAGUGCAAUAUGUCAACAACUAUUAAUUAUUUUUAAUUUAUUUGUCAUACUGACUUUUUGUUUCUUCACUGCAUAUAUACUUUGCAGAUGCAAUACCCAAUGGUUACAUUUUUCAUAUUAUCCUUAUUUCGAGAAAAAAACCAUAUUUCUUUAAACAUGUGUUGGAAUUAUUAUAUUAUUGUAUAUACAUGUAAUUAUUAAGCAUUUAAGUUCUCAUGAUACUUUUAUAUAUAAUAUUCAGUACACAUUAACAACAGUGAUUCAAUCAGGCACAGGACAGUUGCCCAGCUUCUUUUUAGAUGUUCUGAAGGAAUCUGAAAAAUUAAGUUAACAGAAAAAAAGUCCAGAAAAAACUUUGAAAACAAUAGAAAUUGACCUGUUGCUCAUAAUCGAUGUAAGAUAAGUAAUGCUAUAUUUAUAGUUAACUUUCAUUCUAAACAAAUGCUUUUCAAGAGAGGCUUAUAUAUGUUAAAGUUUAAACAGAUUUUGAGACACGGGAAAUCAUAUUAUUGAGAGAUGUUUCAAGUAAUAAAAAAAACAUUAGAAUGUAAAAAAGUGUUGAAAUAGAAUGUUAAGACCAUCUUGGCCCUUUAUCUUUGUAGCAAACCAUACAUUGUGUAAUACUCAAGUACUUGUAAAAGUUGAAAACCUAUGUAAAAAGUAUUAGUAACCCGCUUUGAAGUACUUGUCUUAUUAAAUAAUUUUUAUUGGAAAUUUUACGUUUGUUAAAUGUUUGAGGUUUGCCCAUUAUCAUG